ACAAUCACAAUCAAAACCACAAGACCUAAAAAAAAAACACUAUGGAACACCUCAAAAGUCUCUUCACACUUAUUCUCUUCCUCAUGCUAACUAUGUUGCCGGCACUAACGUUCGCUGGUAAGAUAUCAGCGAUCAUCGUGUUUGGUGACUCAACCGUUGAUGCCGGGAACAACAAUUAUAUCCCAACGGUCGCCAGAAGCAACUUUGAGCCAUAUGGACGGGACUUUGUUGGUGGGAAGCCGACCGGUCGAUUUUGUAACGGAAAGAUCGCGACGGAUUUUAUGUCGGAGGCUGUAGGGCUUAAACCGAUAGUUCCGGCAUACUUGGAUCCUUCUUACAACAUUUCAGAUUUUGCAACAGGUGUCACCUUUGCUUCUGCUGCUACAGGCUAUGACAACGCCACUUCUGAUGUUCUGUCGGUACUACCUCUAUGGAGACAACUCGAAUACUACAAAGAAUACCAAACAAAACUAAAAGCAUACCAAGGAAGAGACCGAGCCACAGAGACCAUAACCAACUCUCUCUACCUUAUAAGCGUAGGGACCAACGAUUUCCUCGAGAACUACUUCGCCUUUCCUGGACGUUCUUCUCAAUACUCUGUCGGUCUUUACCAAGAUUUCCUAGCUGGAAUCGCCAAAGACUUUGUGAAGAAGUUAUAUGGGCUUGGCGCUAGGAAGAUCUCGCUAGGUGGAUUGCCACCAAUGGGAUGCAUGCCUUUAGAGAGAGCCACCAACAUUGGCACGGGAGGUGAGUGCGUUGGACGCUUCAACGACGUUGCGGUCCAGUUCAACAGCAAGCUUGAGAAGCUUGUUGAGAAGCUGAGCAAAGAGCUUCCUGGUUCCAUCCUCGUUUUCUCAAAUCCAUAUGAACCAUUUAUGAGAAUCAUCAAGAACCCUUCCUCUUUUGGGUUCGAGGUUGCAGCAGCGGCUUGCUGCGCCACGGGGAUGUUUGAGAUGGGAUAUAGCUGCCAAAGAAAUAACCCAUUCACAUGUACAAAUGCAGAUAAGUAUGUGUUUUGGGACUCAUUUCAUCCAACACAGAAGACUCAUCGCAUUAUGGCUAAUUUUCUCAUGAACAGUACAUUUUCUCACUUCCUCUAAACAUUUCUCUAUGUGUGUGCGUGUAUAAUAUUAUUAUUAGUGCGAUAAGGCUUGCUUCCCAGAUUUUUGAUCCAGUUGCACUUUGUAUGUAUUUAGUUACUCUUUGCUUUUGUGUUAACUAGGUGUUUGGCCCGCUUUUGCGUGGACAAAAAUGUUUCAUCAAAUUAUUACGGUGUUGU